UUGUUUUGGAAAGCCUUCAUCUAAUUUCUGUGCGAAUGUUAAUAUGAGGUCUGUCUUCUUUAUAUGUAUCCAUCUUUUAGUACGCCUUCUAUGCACUCUAUCCCUCCCAACCAAAAAUCAUUUACUGUGCCUACCUUGCUCUACCCCUCCCCACCUGGACACACUGGCAAGGACUUAAGAAGCAUGAGGACACAUGUUGGAACGCACCUCAUGCAGCGACAAUGGGCCGCCUCUAAUACCCACGCAAAAAUAUAGCCAACUAAAGUCCCUUAAGCACUCGCCGCAGGACACAAUGGCAGGACAACGUGGCGUGUAAGAAAACAAAAAAUAAUAAAAAAAAAUGGAAGACAACCUAAACAACAUUUCGCACUAAGACCCGCGCUUGAGCCAACCAGUGAAGUUUUGCAGCAAACCGCAAGUCAAACAGAAAUCUCAACUGGCGAAAAUUUAUGUGCCUCAGGGCGGCAACUUCAUUAUGCAAUGACCUACAAUGAAAUGGGCUGCCGUUGCACGAAAUUUAUGUGCAAAGUUGAGAGACAGCCUAAGUACUGGGGGCUUGCCCAGACAAGUUGAAGUUGAAGUUGCAGCUUCAACUUAGCCGCAACACUUGCAUCUCCACUCGCCUGUUCCACCGCUCGUGACGUCACGGGGCGCUGAUAACGACCCAUUGGUAUUGGUAGCUACUGGCAGCUACCAUAGCUAGGCAAUUAGGUGAUAAAAAACCUUGCCCGAGCUUAUCGCCUCAAAACUAGCACGACAAUUCUCAGUCCAUAAGUUGACUGCCAAUUGAAAGGUACGACAUGGGAAUGGUUCUCAAAUAUUUGCUGCUACUGGGCUGCUUAGGGUGUACGCUCGCAGAGGUGCGUUACGACCACUACAAGGUCUAUAAGGUGCGCAUAGAUCGGCUGGAAGAGUUCGAGCUACUCAACACCAAUGAGCGCCAGUUGCAGCUAAGCACUUGGCGCGAAAUAAGAAAGUUGGGCGAAGAAGCAGACGUUAUGCUGCCACCCGAGACACAAUUAGCCUUCGAGCAGCUACUAGUGGGCCACAACAUUACUUAUGCGACCAAAAUCGAGAACGUCCAGACGCUGAUCGAUGGCCAGAGGCCAAAGCAACGUACUGGUUAUAUGGAGUGGACGCAGUUCCAUACGCUGGAUGAGAUCUAUGCCUGGCUGGAUGUGAUCGAGGCGCGUUACCCCAACAUUGUGACACCUUUCAUCAUUGGCAACUCGUACGAGGGACGACCUAUACGUGGCAUCAAAAUCUCCUACAAGCCGGGCAACAAGGCUGUCUUCAUUGAGUCCAACAUACAUGCGCGCGAGUGGAUUACCUCGGCUACCAUCACCUACUUCAUUGACGAGCUACUGGUGCCUCGUAAUCCGGGGGUGCGUGACAUAGCACUAAAUGUCGAUUGGUAUAUAAUACCAGUUCUGAAUGUGGACGGUUUCGUUUACUCACACGAAGUGGAACGACUCUGGCGCAAGUCGCGUCUGCCCUCCGAUCCGACUGGCAACUGUAUUGGCACGGAUUUAAAUCGUAACUUUGAUUUUCUUUGGAUGUUGGUGGGAGCUGAAUCUGAUCCCUGCUCGGAGAUUUAUGCUGGACCCUCUGCCGAAUCCGACGUAGAGAUUCAUCAGUUGACCACAUACAUAAACAAUUCCAUACCCGAGGAUACUAUUAAGAUCUAUAUAUCACUGCACUCCUAUGGUCAGUACGUGCUCUCUCCAUGGGGUCAUGUAGAUGACGAAUUUCCCGACCACUAUCCACAAAUGAUGCACGUAGCCGAAGGCUUUGCCAACGCCCUCUACAGACGCUAUCAAACGGAAUUUACCUAUGGUUCCAGUGCCACCACCCUAUACAAGGUUUCCGGUUCGGGCAAGGAGUGGGCCUAUGGCGUGAAGAACAUACCCAUACCCUACACCAUAGAGUUACGUGAUAAGGGAGAAUACGGUUUUGUACUGCCACCGGAAGAUAUAAUACCCGUGGCUCGUGAAGUGACGGAUGGAUUUGUUGGCAUGAUAAUGGCCGCACGUGAAAUUGAUAUUUUGUGAAGGUAGACAAACGCAAAUUUCUUUCGAAAUAAAAAUCCCCCUUGACAAGCA